AACUAUUAAAUCUCAACAGAUUCAUAAAAAAAAAGAAAAAAAGACAUAGCUGGAAGUCCUCACUGCAGGGCGUGUCAUACUGUAGUAAGACGAAAGGCAACUCCAAGCAGCGCACUGCACCAGAAGUCCCACCUCCUUCUCCCAGUGAUCGAAUUCGUAAGAGCACAUAUCAGUUUAUUUUUCUGGCCUGAAGUUCGAAUACAGAAUUGCAACAAUCCUCAGUAUUUCCCAAGAGGUAGGCAAGGGACGUAAUAUCCAGUUCCUGAUCUCUUCUCCUGGUAGUGGAUGGUGAACACAGUCCCUCUCUGUAGCAGCGAAUUUUUGUUCUUUUAUUUUUCCAUCAUAAACAGAGCUUUGCGUUAACUUGUUUUUCUUACUUAACUGUGAAAAUGUAUCAGGCCUUGAGAAAACUCGUGUUUACCGAUUCGCACUGCUUAAGUGAUGAAAGUAUGAAGACUUACGAAGAUCUUUUUGAGAAGUUGGAUACCAACAAAGAUGGGAAAGUGGACAUUGCUGAACUGAAAGCGGGCCUAGCAGCAAUGGGAAUAGCAUCUGGUAAAGGUGCAGCUCAGAAAAUAAUUUCUUCUGGGGACAGUGAUAAGGAUGAAGGGCUCGACUUCACAGAGUUUGCCAGAUACCUGAGAGAGCAUGAGAAGAAAAUGCUCUUGACAUUCAAGAGCCUGGAUAAAAACAAUGAUGGACGGAUUGAUUCUACGGAAAUCAAGCAAUCCCUUGCAGACCUUGGGCUGGAAAUAUCAAAGGAAGAGGCUGAGAAGAUUCUUCAAAGCAUUGAUGUGGAUGGCACCAUGACGGUAGACUGGAACGAGUGGAGGGAGCACUUCCUCUUCAACCCGGCCACCAACCUUCAGGAGAUCAUUCGUUACUGGAAGCACUCCACGGUGCUGGACAUCGGUGACAGCCUUGCCAUUCCUGAUGAGUUCACAGAAGAGGAGAAGACCACAGGCAUGUGGUGGAAGCAGCUAAUGGCUGGAGGCAUGGCAGGGGCAGUCUCACGCACAGGCACCGCCCCUCUGGACAGGAUGAAAGUGUUCAUGCAGGUGCAUGCUUCCAAGUCCAACAAAAUUAGCUUGGUAGGGGGAUUCAAACAGAUGCUCAAGGAAGGAGGAGUGACGUCACUGUGGAGGGGAAAUGGGGUCAAUGUUCUGAAGAUUGCACCCGAGACAGCCCUGAAGUUCUUGGCAUAUGAGCAGUAUAAGAGGCUGCUGGCAGCUGAGGGUGGGAAGGUGCAGACUCAUGAGAGGUUCAUCGCAGGGUCUCUGGCAGGAGCAACAGCACAGACCGCCAUCUACCCCAUGGAGGUGAUGAAGACCAGGCUGACUCUGCGGAAGACGGGACAAUAUUCAGGAAUGUUCGACUGUGCCAAGAAGAUUCUAAAGAAGGAGGGGGUGAAGGCCUUCUAUAAAGGCUACAUCCCCAACAUUCUAGGCAUCAUUCCUUAUGCAGGGAUCGAUCUGGCUGUGUAUGAGAGUCUGAAGAAUGCCUGGUUGUCACGCUACGCCAAAGACACUGCCAACCCUGGAGUGCUCGUUCUCCUAGGCUGUGGGACCAUCUCUAGCACUUGUGGACAGCUGGCAAGCUAUCCCCUUGCUCUGGUCAGAACUCGCAUGCAGGCACAAGCAUCGGUGGAAGGAUCUGAGCAGCUGUCCAUGAGCCGAUUAGUCAAGAAAAUUAUGGAAAAGGAGGGAUUUUUUGGACUCUAUCGUGGAAUCCUCCCCAAUUUCAUGAAAGUGAUCCCAGCAGUCAGUAUCAGCUAUGUAGUGUAUGAGUACAUGAAAACAGGACUGGGGAUCUCCAAGUAAAUUGACCGUUCUGUGUUGGUUGGUUUCAAGUCGUUUCCCUUUCGGAAUGCUUCAGAUGAUACUCAGUUGUGAUGGCAUGAACUCAGCGGGUUUACCAAAGGCCUCAAGUUAGGCUUACUUGUUAAUGGAGAGUUAUUUCAUAUAGAAGAUUACAAUGCAUUACCCAAAGCAGGUUGGUUAUAUUAUGUUGCAUGUGUGUGUUCUAGUUACAAAAGAGGCAACCUUCCUUAUUACUGAAAUCAGUUGUUCAAUCAAGUUCUGAUUACGUCCAAUUUCUCAAUGCACUAUUAAAGAGAGACAGCACUGUGGUAGAAGACAGAUUUCAGACACAGCUGUAACUUGCACACAUCAUGUGAAACACAACUGAGGAAGAGCAGACAAUGUGCCUUAUUCAGGUGUCUGUGUGGUCUUUCAUGCAAGCCUCACUUGUUUUUUUUGCAGAU